AUGCGAGCUGUCAACAAGGCAAUCCAGCGAGAACGUCACAUAACCCCCACCAUAGAUGACGUCAUAGCAUAUCUAAAUGACGCUAAAGUAUUUCCAAAGCUUGACCUCAAUCAAGGUUAUCACCAACUUGAACUCUCAGAAGAAUCACGCUACGUUACCACGUUUAGCACCCAUGUCGGCCUGAGGAGAUAUCAGCGCCUUAAUUUCGGAGUAACCUCUGCAGCUGAAAUUUUCCAAAAUACUAUUCGAGAAACACUUGAAGGUCUCAACGGCUGUAUUACAUCAGUGAUGACAUCUUAGUCUAUGGAUCCAGCCAAGAAGAACAUGACAAGAACCUUAAAUCAGUGUUGGAACGUCUUCAGUCUCGUAACCUAACAUUAAAUAAGCUGAAGUGUGAAUUCAACAAAACCAGCAUUGAAUAUUUUGGAUAUGUAUUCUCAUCGCAGAGCAUUUCACCUGACCCUCGCAAAGUGGAAGCUAUACGCAACUCCCAACCUCCAUCCAAUCCAAACGAAGUCCGAAGUUUUCUAGGUAUGGCCAACUUUUGUGCCCGAUUCAUCCCAAACCUUGCGACACUAGCUAAACCAUUACGAGACCUGACAAAACAGCAUGUCAAGUGGAAAUGGACCAGUACUAAAAACAUGCUAUGGACAGUAUCAAAUCCCUCGCACAAAAUUGAAGUUCUUUUAGAUGCAAGUCCAGUUGGUCUUGGUGCUAUACUUGUCCAAUAUACUACCACUAGAAAUCACAGUGCUUCGCCACGUAUUUGUCAGUUAUGCCAGUCGGGUAUUAACUCCUGUAGAGACUCGCUAUUCACAAAUUGAGCGAGAAGCUCUGGCUAUUGUCUGGUCAUGUCAUAAAUUUCAUCUAUAUUUAUAUGGUACCCAACUCUCUGUUAUUACUGAUCACAAGCCACUGGAACGUCUUUUCAACGACCCACAAAGCAAACCACCUGCUCGUAUUGAACGAUGGUUAUUAAAGGUACAACCAUAUCGUUUCAAUGUUCAGUAUCAACCCGGUUCUGACAAUCCAGCCGACUUUAUUUUUCGCCAUCCGUUGCCAUCAUCACCUACCAGCCGUGAGGAGAGAUGCGCUGAAGAAUAUGUUAAUUUCGUUUCAAUGCAUGCUGUUCCCAAGGCCCUUACACUGCAAGAAAUCAAAGAAGCCACAAAAUCCGAUACCACACUUUAA